GAAACAAAUGCGAAGCCGGCUAAUUUAAUCUCUCUUUUCUCUCUCUCACACACACACUAAUUCAUUUUAUUUUAUUUUAUCUCACCUUUUUUAAUCGUAUUUUAAUUUUGUCCAGAUUGCUUUUUCAUUGAUUUCCAUUUUCAUCUCUCUACACAAACCUGACCUCUUCUCUGCUGUUUGUUGGGAUUCCAAUCUCUUCUCUCUCAAGUCUCACCACAUUCCAAAUGCUGCCGGACCUCCAAUUUUCUCCUUUCCGCCGGCACUAAAACAGAAGAAACAACUAGCUUAUCUACGCCAUUGACGGAAAAGGGGGGGAAAAUGCCGGAAAACAGAGUGAAGGAGCCAAGCGAUGACGACGGCAGUCUAGAGAGAGAAAAUCAGAAAUCAAUCGACGCCGCGAUAACGACGACCACGACGCCGAGGUCAGUGCUCAUCAUUCCGCGGAGCAAGUCUCAGGCGACGAGCCGCCGCGUGGCGCCGACUUCUUCAAUCGAAGACGCUGCUGGCUCAGAUAGGGUUACGGAGAAGCGGCUCCCGAACGGAGAUCUGUACAUCGGGACAUUCUCGAACAACAGUCCGCACGGAUCGGGGAAGUAUCUGUGGGAGGACGGGUGCAUGUACGAGGGCGAGUGGAAGAAGGGGAAGGCGAGCGGGAAGGGGAAAUUCUCGUGGCCAUCCGGCGCUACUUUCCAAGGGGAGUUCAAAUCGGGCCGGAUGGAAGGAACGGGCACGUUUAUCGGGCCGGACGGGGAUAUGUACCGAGGCUCGUGGUGUGGGGAUCGGAAGCACGGCUAUGGAGUGAAGCAUUACAGCAAUGGCGAUUACUACGAGGGGCAGUGGAAGAGGAAUUCGCAGGACGGGCAGGGGAGGUACCUCUGGAGCAACGGGAAUGAAUACAUCGGUGAAUGGAGAAACGGAAUUAUUCACGGAAGAGGCGUUUUGGUCUGGAACAACCGGAAUCGAUUCGAUGGAAAUUGGGAGAACGGCGUCCCCAAAGGGCAGGGGGUUUUCACUUGGCCGGACGGGAGCUGUUACAUCGGGAGCUGGGCGAAUGAUUUGUGCUGGAGCAAUAACACUGCGCAGAUAUUGAACGGCACAUUUUAUCCUGCACACACCGUGAGAAGCGCCGGCGGCGGGGAUGAGGGGUGUUUUAGCCAAAAACUGUCGGCGCCGGUGGGGGAGGAGGGCGUUGUUGCGGUGGCUGGUGGUGGGAAGAAGCGGGCGUCGGUGGACGGAGGGGCGGCGGAGAGGGUUUUUCCGAGGAUUUGCAUUUGGGAGUCGGAUGGGGAAGCUGGGGAUAUUACUUGUGACAUUGUUGAUAAUGUCGUCUUCAAUCAGGAUGGGAUUAAGCAGUUUAGGAGGAACCCUUGUUGCUUUAGCGGCGGCGAGGCGAAGAAGCCGGGAGAGACGAUUUCAAAAGGGCAUAAGAAUUACGAGCUCAUGCUCAAUCUCCAGCUCGGGAUAAGGCAUUCUGUAGGGAAGCAUGCUUCUAACUUGCGCGAGCUCAAGCUGAGUGAUUUUGAUGCUAAGGAGAAAUUCUGGACUAGGUUUCCUUCGGAAGGGUCGAAAAUCACGCCGCCGCAUCAGUCCGCUGAGUUCCGGUGGAAGGAUUAUAAUCCUGUGGUGUUUAGACAUUUAAGGCAGCUAUUUCAAAUAGAUCCUGCGGAUUACAUGUUAGCCAUUUGUGGAAACGAGGCGUUGAGGGAGCUUUCGUCUCCCGGGAAGAGUGGGAGUUUGUUUUACCUAACACAGGAUGAUCGUUUCAUGAUCAAAACUGUGAAGAAAUCAGAAGCCAAGGUGCUUAUAAAGAUGCUUCCUAGUUACUAUCACCACGUCUAUCGCUACGAAAACUCGCUGGUGACCAAGUUCUAUGGAGUUCAUUGUGUGAAACCAGUGGGUGGUGUCAAGACACGUUUCAUUGUGAUGGGGAAUUUGUUCUGCUCAGAGUAUCGAAUCCAUAGAAGAUUCGAUUUGAAAGGAUCCUCCCAUGGCCGCACGACUGAUAAGCUUAAGGGAGAUAUUGAUGAGACCACAACCUUGAAAGACCUUGACCUUGAUUAUGUAUUUAGGCUGCAUACAAAUUGGUAUCAAGAUCUUAUCAAACAAAUUGAUCGCGACUGUGAAUUCCUGGAGACAGAACGAAUAAUGGAUUACAGCCUCUUAGUUGGCCUUCAUUUUCGUGAUGUUAGCACUGGCGACAAGAUUGGUUUAUCGCCAUUUCUUCUGCGCACAGGGAAGAGUGAUUCAUACAAGAACGAAAAGUUCAUGCGUGGCUGUCGUUUCCUUGAAGCCGAACUGCAAGACAUGGACCGGGUCCUAUCUGGCAGGAAGCCAUUGAUCAGGCUAGGGGCCAACAUGCCGGCACGAGCCGAGCGAGCGGCUCGAAGGAGUGUGGACCAAUGCACACCGGGAGGCUUGAGCAGCCUGAAAUCCUCACGCAGUGGUGAAAUCUAUGAAGUGGUCCUCUACUUUGGCAUCAUAGACAUUUUACAAGACUAUGAUAUUACCAAGAAGCUCGAACACGCCUACAAAUCGUUGCAAGUUGACCCCGCCUCAAUCUCAGCAGUCGAUCCCAAGCUCUACUCGAAGAGAUUCCGCGAUUUUGUUGGGAGAAUAUUCCUUGAGGAUAGAUGAGAGCACGCACGAAAGCUCCUACAUCGAAUCAUGGCUGCAAGAGCAAUGCCUGCCUCGGGAGGCACUCGUGGGUGGGGAGGGUUCAGAUUCUUGAACCGGACUGAGUUUUUUGUGGAGCCAGGCUGUUGAUGGAAGUAAGUUAUAAGACUAUAGUAGUGGAGUACUCCAUGAGAUUUUGUACAUGGAAUUGGUGGGUUGGUUAGGGUGAAAAAAUUGGUUGUGGGGUAUUUUCUUUUUGAGCCAUUUUUGGUAUGUGCACCAAGAAGAUUUGAAAGAGAGGCAUAGGGAAAGGAGCUAGCUCAACUGUUUCCCCAACAAAAAAAGAUUCAAAAUAUUGGUGGAGGGAUUUCAAUAAUGAAGUGUACAGAUUACAGGGGAAAAAGUGUUACAUAUUUUAUUUAUUUUUUGUUGAAAUAUCUCAUUUCUUUGAUAUAAAAAGCCCUUUACCCCACACUAAGAAGAAGGGUUGUUUGCUUGUGUAAACACAUGAAAAGAAGAGAAAGCAAGGUGAAAAGAAGUGCUUGGUGUUU